AUGACGUCAGAAAAUAUUUCUGGUCCUAAUCUUAUUCAUCGCGUAUCUGAUAUAACUGAAGAAUCUUCACAAAUAUUAACAUUUUUCGAAGAUUAUGAAAAUAUACCAUUAGUUUCUCUUGAAGAAGCUAUUCAACCAUUAACAACAUAUAUACCUGAUAUAGAACGAAAAGUCUGGAUCGUUAAACAACGAUGUAAAAAUCCAUCAGAUAAUUUAACAUCCGAUGAAUCAGCUUCAAUUAUGCUUUAUACAAUGGAAUGGGAUUGUUAUACGAAUUCAUUAUAUUAUAUUCUUAAUAAAAUUUUACGUCAAGAAAAUGAAGAAUUAUUAAAACCUUGGUUAUAUUAUUUAAAACUUUUGUCAUAUGCAUUAUCAUGUUUACCAUCAAUUCAACAAACAGUUUAUCGAGGUGUUAAACUUGAUUUAAGUUAUUUAUAUUCGGAAAAUAAAAAUAUUAUUUGGUGGAGUUUUUCAUCAUGUACAAUGACAAUAAAUGUUUUAGAACGAGAAGAAUUUUGUGGUAAAACAGGUCUUCGAACACUUUUUACUAUUGAAUGUUUAAAUGCAAAAAAUAUUCGACAACAUUCAUAUUAUGAAAAAGAAAAUGAAGUUUUAUUAGUUGCUGGUACACAAUUUCAUAUUAUUGGUCAAUAUUCUCCAUCAUCUGAUAUACAUGUUAUACAAUUAAAAGAAAUUCAAUCAUCAAUUUUAUUGAAAAAUUUAGAAAAAAGAAAAUUUUCACAAACAUCAAAUGAUUUAGUAUCUUUAUUAAAUACCUCUUAUAAAAUCAUAACAACAUCAAUGAAUUAUAUUCCAUACACAAAUAUUUCAUUAGAAAAACAUCUAUUAACAUGUGAUGAUUGUAUAUUUUUAUAUCGAAGAAAAUUAAAUGAUCAUGAUAUGAAAAUUAUUGUUGAACAAGCAAUAAAUAAUAAACAAUGUCAUUUAUUGGAUUUACAUUAUAAUGAAAUUACAUCAAAUGGUGCAUUAAUUCUUUCCGAUGCUUUAUGUAAUAAUAAAACAUUAUGGAUAUUACGAGUUUCGAAAAAUUGGAUAUCAGAUAUUGGUGCUUAUUCAUUAGCAGUUGUAUUGACAAUUAGUAAUUCAACACUGCGUACACUUGAUUUAAGUAAAAAUGGUAUUUCCAAUGAAGGUUUACAAUAUUUAAUUGAUAUGCUUAAAAUAAAUAAAACAUUAAUAGAAUUAUCUUUAUAUGAUAAUUUAUUUGAUAAUCAUGGAAUAAAAAAUUUAACUAAUACACUUGUACAUUAUAAUAAAAGUCUUCGAUGGCUCAAUCUUUCAGAUAAUAAAUUAAUUAAUAAUUCUAGUACUAAAUAUUUAAUUUAUAUGCUGAAAUAUAAUCGAACAUUAGAAUAUCUUUCCAUACAAAAUUGUAAUUUUUAUGAAAAAAACAAAGUGAAACUUCGAAAAAAAGCCAAAGCCAAAGUAAAAUGUCAUAUUGAAAUUUAA